AGGACGUCGAAAUGGGCCAAGAGGUGGCGAGCCUCGAUCAGGCCUUCGAUGAAUUGGUGGAGCGCUUCCCCAUGCGCCCGGCCGUUGAGGACGACGACGGAUGUGUCAUGAGCUAUCGGCAGCUGCAGGAGGCGUCCCGGCGUAUCGCAGCGGGCAUGGCGCAACUGUGUCGAGGCCAAGAUGCUCCAAUUGUGGCGCUGCUCAUGCGUCGCAACUGCAAUUGGUUAGCUGCUUCACUGGCGACCAUGCGACUCGGGACCUUGCUCGCUUUGAGCUGCGACCUGGGUGGAGACGAUGAGGAGAGGCGGAACUGCGAAGCGAUGGCCGAGCAUCAACCGAGGCUAUUGGUCCUCGAACGAAGUGCAGCCGUCCCGUCGUUGUUCACGACGUCGGCGGUGGCCUAUGUCGAGGAUUUGCUCCGCACUGAGGAGUGCUUUGUCGAACGCCCUCGUCGGCACCUGGAUGACGCCGUAUAUUUGGUCUACACCGGCGGCACAACGGCCGCCUCGAAAUGCGUGGUGCAAACGCACAGAAUGGCCCUGCACGAGCUACGGACCUAUGCAGACUUUCAAGCCUUAAGCUGUGAGGAUCGGAUUCUACACCAUACAUCUGCCUUUUGGGGGGCUGCUUGCCAUGGCAUGAUGGACCUCGCUUGGUCCUGUGGUGCCUGUCUCGUGAUGCUGUCGCGGCACGGGGUCAACGAGGUGGCCCGUGCCAUCAGCGAGCGCAACAUCACGGUGGCCGGAAUCGUGCCUUCCCUGUUGGAUGCUUUGGAUGACAAGCGAUGUCAAUCCUUGCGAUGCUCGGCUGGCACCCGGAGGAUUUUAACGCUAUUAGCGACCAUAGCCGGGUCAGAAACUGGGGACCCUGGGGACCACGUGACGACGGUAGCGACGCAGCGACCAGGAACCGUGUUCACCUGGGGCGAGCCAUUGAGGCAAACGACGUUGGAGUUCUGGAGGACUCGCGUGCAGUUGUUGGAUUUGCUGAUCGCCAGCGAGUACUGGCUUGUGCUCUAUGCGGAUCAUCGAAGAUCUGGAGGCGGCUUCCGGCCGGUGCCGGGCGCGCGGCUCACCCUCUUGAGCUGCGCGGCGGAGGAUGCAUCGAGCUUGUCGAAGGUGGUAGAAGUAGCUCCAGGAGAGGUCGGAGAGUUGUACAUCGCGGGAGCCAUGGUGAGUGCUCAGGGCUAUACCAAGGCGUCUUUCAAUGAAGGUGCUUUCCUGGAGCUUCCCGUGGGUCCUGGCGGCUCCAUGCUGCGACAUUACAGGACUCGUGACUUGGCGCGAGUGUUGCCCGAUGGCACCUUGGAGUACUGCGGCCGCGCUGAUGGCUUCGCGAAGGUGGGUGGCAAGUGGUUGGACCUCGCUAGCGUGGAACGCAGCUUACAAUCCGCCGGUUGCCGCGAAGCUUCCCUGCUCUGGGAUGAAGUGACCAAGGUGAGACACGCCUGCGUGGUGCCGAACCAGCUGCACAAACCCAUGGCUGCGGCAGUGCAGACGUGGCAGGCAUUGGUGCCGCCGCAAACUCGCGCCUUGGCGAAUCGUGCCUGUGCCAAGAGUGGGGAAUGGAAGCAAGCCAUCGCCUUACUUCAAGAGCUAUUGGAGGUCAAGAAUUUGGAGUUAGAUGUGGUACCAUUCGCAGCUGCCAUCAACGCCUGCACCAAUGGACAGGAAUGGCUUCCGGCGUUGCUGAUUCUUUCUGAAGUGAAUUCAGUCCAAGUGGAAGUCAAUGUCAUCACCUACAAUUCAGCCAUCAGUGCGUGUGAGAAAUCCGGAGAGUGGCAGAAGGCUUUCGACUUGCUACAUGCCAUGCCCAAGCAGCAACUGCAGGCUGGAAUGCUGGCAAAUCCUUUGUCUUUGCCACUGUUCAAAACACUUCGCAAGUACGAGCUCAUCCAAGCUUCCACUGCCUUCUUGAUGGCGAUGUAUUUUUUCACCCAUGCUGCCUUGGUGGUGCGCAAGCCGUUGCUGUUCAAGGCCUCUGCAAACCACGGUCUCGAAGAACCCGAAGAAGCCGCAGCAGCGGCCACCGGCGGCAGUUGCAGGAACUGCUGCAACCGCGUGGAAGGUGAAAAGGUGUCCAAAUGGAGCUUGGCACUUCAGCUAUUCGAUGAUCUCCGGCAACGGGAACUUGAAGCGAGCCUUAUCAGCUACAACUCGACCAUCAGCGCCUGCGCAAAGAGUGGCGAGUGGCAGAGAGCCUUGGCACUGCUGGAAGAUGCGGAUGCCACCGCCACGGGCUGCGACGUGAUCUCAUACAAUGCUGCCAUCACAGCUUGUAGCAAUGCAGCCGAGUGGGAUCACGCCUUGUCUUUGCUGCGUGCACUGAAUCUUUCUCGGUUAAAAGCCAACCUCAUCACGUACAACGCCAUGCUCGGGGGUUGCAGAUCAGUCCAAGAAGUGUGGACCUUCAUUGAAGAAGCGGAAAGCUUGGGCCUGAAUCCCAACAUGAUCACCUAUGGAGCAGCCAUCAGUGCAUGUGACCGCCUUGGGGAAUCGCAACAGGCACUGCUGCUGCUUCAGCACCUCACCGUCGGUCGCCUGCGCUGCAAUGUCAUUGCCUGCAGCGCGGCCAUUAGCGCAUGUGAGAAGUGCGCAGAAUGGCAGAAUGCUUUGCGGCUGAUGCAGAUGAUGAAGGACAAGGAAAUCGAAGCACAUGUCAUCAGCUACAACGCCCUGAUCAGCGCCGUGGGCUCUGCAGAAAGCGCCUGGCAGAAAGCUACGCAGGUCUUUGAGGAGUUGAGGGAUCGCCUGCAAGCGGACGUCUUCUCCUACUCGUCGGCCAUCAGUGCCUGUGGCAUCUGUGGCCAAUGGGAAGAG